AUGGGAAAUUACAGGUUUAGAUUAUCAGAUAUGAUGCCAAAUGCCUGGUUUUACAAGCUCAAAGACAUGAGCAAAACCAGAAACCAUAACACAAUCAACAAAAAGCACCCUUCACCAACAAAAGCAGCCCAAAAGCCACAUUUUUUAUACCCAAGAAAAUCCUACUACCACACCACAGAAUCCAUCAGAGUCGAAAAACUCUAUACUUCACCAAAGAAUCCAAGACCCUUUGAUCCACCAAGGAAAUCAUCGAAGAAAAAAACAAAGAGAAAGACCGUGUACAAGCCUUCUCCAAGACAAAUUAGCCCUUCUGUUUGCAACUAUCAAGAGUCAGUCAACUCAGUCAGGGAUAAAGUCGAACAGUUUCGGGACUAUUUUGAGUGCUCAACUGUCAGUUCUACUGACAUGGAUUUCCUUAAAUCUCCGACAUCUGAAUUUGAUUCUGACACUCUUGAUGCUCCUCCAUCGGUAAAUGGACUUGCAUCGUGGUCGAGUUCCUGCAGUUGUACUUUCAAUUCUUCGGGUAAUGAUAUCAUCAUGGACAUGGAUGAAAAGAUGUGCGCAUUGGAAAUUGAAGAAACAGAGGAAUCAGAGCGAAAACUUCCCCCAAUACUCACAAAACCCCCAAAAUUCAACACCAUCACCAUGCAGCCCCUUCCCGAACAAGAUCCCUCCCAGAUAAAAAAUUCUUCUCCAUUCUCCGAUGAAAUCGAAACUCAUUGUCAUCAGAAACAAACUCCCACAACCCGAAAAUCUACAUCCCGUUCACCAGGAGUGAAGAUCCGCGGCAAUUCACCAAGACUACCAAGCAAGAAAAUCCAAGGGAACCAAAAGAGUGUAUUAAUUAGCAGGCGAUCAAAGGCACAACAGAAGAAAAAUGAAUUAUACACGGAGAGUGUUGCAAUUGUGAAGGCAUCAUUUGAUCCUGAAAAAGAUUUCAGGGAAUCUAUGAUGGAAAUGAUAGUGGAAAACAAUAUCCGGGCAUCCAAGGAUUUGGAAAAUCUUCUGGCCAGUUAUCUUUCACUGAAUUCAGAUGAAUAUCAUGAUCUUAUUAUCAAGGCGUUUGAGCAAAUCUGGUUCAACAUUGCUGAAGUUCAGUCAUAG